AACAAAAAGAGCUGAAGAGAAAAAUCCAUCGUCGCCGCAGUCAGAGUGCUAAUCAAAACACAAACAUUGGCCCAUUCGUUCGAUUCGUGCGCGGACAAUCCGGAUUAAAUUGUGCUUCGCCGGAAGCAGUUUCAACUCAAGUCGUUCCAUUCGUCGGCAGUGUAGUGCAUCUCGAAAACGCGCGUUCAUUCCCCCGUAAAACCCCAAAUAAGGCCAACUCGCGCAAAUUUUCGGGCGUGUAUCGAAAUUUUUCAAGGAUUGUGCGUGCGUGUGCGUCGUGAUAGAUCCGGGUUUUCGGGAAGCGGCCCCCCUCAGCUCCAGCAUGGCCACGGCAGGUUCCAACUGGCGGGACGUGAUCGCGACGCGGCUUCGCGAGCGCAACCAGGAGGAGACGGCCCGGUUCGCGGACAUAAUCGCCUUCAACAACCGCCUGUUCGACACGGCCACCAAGCUGCGCCAGGAAAACCUGGAGCUCAAAAUCGACAAAAAGAUCCGCGACAGCUCGGCGGGCCUGGUCGGUGGCGGUGCCGGUUCCGAUCACCUUCAGCUGACCGCCAUCACGAACGCGCAGAUCCAAUCGCUGGAGAAAAAGUGUCUCGCCCAGCAGGAGGAGCUGACCGAGCUGCACAAACGGAAGGGCGAACACUCGCAGAUGAUCAUCACGUUGAACCAGAAGCUGACCGAGUGCCAGCGGGCGCUGGGCGAGAAGGAACGCGCCCUGGUGGAGCAGUGCUCGAUGAACGUGUCGCUGCGGGAGGAGCUGGACAAGCUGAGGGCGGCGCACACGACCGUGCUGGACGAGCAACCGUUCCUGCAGCUGCGGGCAAAUGCCGCCGAGGAGAAGCUUCGGGCGGUUCAGGACGAGAACAAUAAGCUGCUGGGGCUGUUGAUGGAGUACAAGUCGCGGGACGCCGAAGUGAUGAACCGGGAGAAUGACAAGUUUCUGAAGCUGAAGAAGGCACAGAUUGAGAGUGAACUCGCGGGGGCGAUUCGGGACAUUGCCGGGCCGUCCGGGCUCGGUGGGGGUGGUGGGGCGAUGGAUCGGUUCGAUUUCGGGUCGGAUGGGUUUCCGGAGGGGAUCGAGUUUAAGUUUGACGUGCACGAUGGUGAAGUGAACGCGGUUCGUUGGAGCCCUGUGGAGGGAGUAGUGGCCACGGGUGGGGCCGACCGGAAGGUCAAGCUGUGGGAUGUUAGUAAAGGAAAAUGGGAACCGCGCGGGUCGCUGGUCGGCAGCAACCAGGGCAUCAACUCGGUCGAGUUCGACAGCACCGGGUCGCACAUCCUGGCCGCUUCCAACGACUUUGCGAGCCGCGUUUGGAGUGUGGCGGAUCAACGGCUGCGGGUGAGUACCGAUCAUUUUGGGUAGCGUUGCUGGCACCGU